AUGUCUGAUCCUUACAAUAAUGCAUUGAAUAAUGAGGAGGACCCAUUCUACCAAGUUUUAAAGGAUUUACAAGAACAACUAAAUGAUAUAAUUGCUAAUCGUCAGUUGUUAGAUUCCGAAUCACUCGAAGAUAUUAAUGAAACAAUUCAAGAUUUGGAAAAUAGUGUGCAUGUGUUAGAAUCUAGUGGUAUCUAUAGUACUAACACCGAAAUAUUGAAAAGGAAAAAUAAAAUUAAUGAUUUGAAAAAUACUUUACAACAUAUACAAACACAAACAGAUUAUACAAAUACUGCCAAAAAUACGGAAAAUAAUUAUACUCAGGAUCUUGAUAAUCAAAAACAACAACUAUUUGGUAAUUCUUCCCAUUCUAAUAGAAUAGAUGAUAAUAUUCCAGAAUAUGAGAAUAAUUAUGAUGCCACUGAUGAUAAAAACAACUCUGAAUCACACUUCCAAAUGAUGCAACAAGAAAUGCUAAAGGAGCAAGAUACACACUUAGAAAAUAUACAUAAAACCAUGCAGAAUUUACGUCUGCAGGCAAACACCAUGGGCCAGGAGUUAGAAGAUCAAAGUUAUUUGUUAAAUGAUUUAGACCAAAAUGUAGAUACAGUAAUGGGCAAACUAAACAGAGGACGGAGGCAGUUGGAAUGGGUGUACGAAAAGAAUAAGGAAAAAUAUAAUGAUAUUUGUAUAGUCUUAUUGAUAGUUGUAUUAAUUAUCUUAUUAAUUGUGGCAUUUAUAGCGUAA